AUGGCGGACGAAAACGGAAGAGAAAUUGCUACAGGGUCGGGGACAAAAGUAUCGAAACGAAAACUUAAACGACUUCAAGUAAGUAGGAGCUCUUGGUUUAUUUUAUUGGUAAAGGGCAUGUGUUUAUUUUCUCACCUGCAGAGAAUCUGUGUAGUCCGCUUUUAUACAUAGUGCAUUCCCCUCUUGUCACACAAUUCAAAACAGCUACAGUUUCAAAAAGUUUUCUCGGCUUAGCGGCCAUGUUACGGCAGAGUUCUCAUCUACAUGAUGCUUGGGAUUGAUUAGCAUUUACUCAUGGAACGAAAAAUCAACGUUGAUGUGCUUGAUAUAUUAAAAGAUAAUUACAAAUGAUAAGCCACAGGUUCAAUAUUGUGAGUAAAACUGUGGCGGUAGAGGACAAAACACUGGCCCCAGUCCAUGGACUACCCUGAUGGACUACCCAUAUUACAGCCAUAUGGACUACCUUCAGCACUCAAAAUAAUGGCCGGUCAAUGGACAAUGUCCGGUCGGAAUGUCAUCUUGACCGUACAAAAGCUCCACUCACCAGUCAUGUUGACCGGUCAAACAGACUCUUAUUCUUGAACAAACAGCCAAAAAAUUAUCCUCACCGGUAAAUCUUAGAUUUUGUCUCUUUGAAAAAUACAAUCAUGUUCACUAAUAGAACAUUACACAAGGAUUAGUUCACUUUUUCUAAUGUUUUGACAGGUCAGAAAAGGAGACUUUACCCAGUGCAAAAAUUGCUUUGGCCCAUCAUCAUGUCCAGCCACCAUCCAAAAGUUAUUUUGACCCCUGAACUUUUGAAUACACUAUUGUGUUAGAUACAGGUAACAACCAGUAAAAUUAUUCACAAGGUAGUCCAUGGACCAGGGGGUCAGUGUUUUGUCCACUUCCAACUGUAGCAAUCCUCAAGCUUAUUAUUAUUUGUUUUGAAGGUUGAAGCCGCUUCAAAGUUAAGAUGCAAUUUAUGUGUCAACAAAAGGUUUACAUCUCUGAAGAUGUACGAUGACCACAUGGCUUCUAAAAAUCACAGAAAAAAGGAAUUAAGAAAAGAUACCUCAGGAGUGUGGGUUUGUCAGGCAUGUGAUCUCACAUUAAACUCACAAACAGAAUGGGUAAGGGUGUUCUAAUAUUUAUUGUAAUGCACUUAGUAUCAACCUUGUACUGUUGUUGAUAUCUUUUUGGUCGUGUAUGCAGGGAAACAUUUGUAGUUUCAACCUUUUAGUAGGUUUGACCCAUCCCAGUGAACCAACCCUAGAUUUGCCGCAGUAUGUUAAUGCAUUUUCUGUUUCUUUUGAUUUUCAGAAGAAGCAUCUGUGUGGAAGGCGACAUCACGAAAAGCUCACAGAGUGGAGUCUAGAGCUAUUUCCAACCAGUUCUCCAAUAAGGCAAAGGGAAAUAGAUUUACUGAAUGACUCUAAAUAUCAAGAAUUUGAGGAGGACAAUGAAGAUGGCAUGGUUGAGUAAUACACAAAACUUGGGAGGCAACACCAUGAAAAACUUAUAGACCAGAGUCUGAAGCUGUCCUUCCAACUGGUUCUUCAACGAGACAAUAAAUAAAUUUACUGGAUGACUCUAAACAACACCAAUGUGAGGGGG